AUGCCUCAUAGCUCCAGUCUCAAACUUAACCCCGUUCCUGCUGAAGAAGAGGAGGUCUGCUGGAUGGAGAAAGAAGCUCUCGUGGAAGAGGAGGCUGUUACAAUACAAAAACAAGUAGAGGUUGAGGCUGUUACCGUGAAUGAAGAAGAAAAAGACAUCUCGGUUAAAGAAGAGGAAGACCCGUUCAGAGUGAAAGAGGAGGACGACGACGUUUCAGUGAAAGAAGAAGAGGAGGGGGAGGUGACUGUCUCAUCGAACAAUGAAGAAGAGGAGGAAACUGGAAUUCUGGGCCCGGUUUCCCAAACGCAUCUUAAGGCGUCCGAUGGUUCUAACGAUGAACCGGCCCUGAUUAACACUAGAGAGAGACGUGACAAUCCUGGAUCCUCUGGGGGGCCUCAACAACCUCAUGAUGCUGACAGGGCAGAGAAGAGUCUCUCCACAUCAAAACACCUCAAGAAACACCAGCAGAGACCCACAGGGAAUAAAUCUCAUUGCUGCUCUGACUGUGGGAAAGGUUGCAAAUCUUCAUCAGAACUUAAAAUACACCAGAGAACACACACAGGAGAGAAACCUUAUAGCUGUGAUCAAUGUGGGAGGAGUUUUAGCACAUCUAGCGGUCUGACAUUACACCAGAGAACACACACAGGAGAGAAACCUUAUAUCUGUUGUCAAUGUGGGAGGACUUUUACUUCAUCUAGCGGUCUGACAUUACACCAGAGAACACACACAGGAGAGAAACCUUAUAGCUGUGAUCAAUGUGGGAGGAGUUUUGUUCAAUCUAGCCAUCUGACAGUACACCAGAGAACACACAAAGGAGAGAAACCUUAUAUCUGUGAUCAAUGUGGGAGGAGUUUUGGUCAAUCUAGCCAUCUGACAGUACACCAGAGAACACACACAGGAGAGAAAUCUUAUAGCUGUGAUCAAUGUGGGAGGAGUUUUGUUCAAUCUAGCCAUCUGACAGUACACCAGAGAACACACACAGGAGAGAAACCUUAUAGCUGUGAUCAAUGUGGGAGGAGUUUUGUUCAAUCUAGCCAGCUGACUUCACACCACAGAACACACACAGGAGAGAAACCUUAUAGCUGUGAUCAAUGUGGGAGGACUUUUACUACAUCUAGCGGUCUGACAUUACACCAGAGAACACACACAGGAGAGAAACCUUAUAGCUGUGAUCAAUGUGGGAGGAGUUUUGUUAAAUCUAGCCAACUGACUUCACACCACAGAACACACACAGGAGAGAAGCCUUAUAGCUGUGAUCAAUGUGGGAAGAGAUACUCUGAUAAAAGAUCUCUGAUCAAACAUCAGAAAAUACAUACAUGA